AUGGCACGCUCCAGAUGCAAUGGAAAGAUCCUUUGUCUUUGUCUCUUGCCUUGUGUGAUGGUAAGUCACCUGUUGGUGUACAUCAUGGUGUCCAUAUUUGUAGCCGUCUCCUACUCCCCUCCUCUACCGCAGCUGCCCCUCCAUUUCAUUGCCACCGGAGCCUCUGCAAACUCGGGAGCUCUUGCAUCCCAUCCGGUUCGGCCCUUCUGGAAUCUCAGACUAGAGGAAGGGGCAUUGUGGAACCGCCUUCAGCACAUUUGGGACAGGGAGCACAACCCCAUAUUGAGAGGUAACGGCACAAGGUACAAAGUUCCAAGCCUUGAUGCAAUACGUCCACAAGAGACAAGAGAAAAAAACGGUGUCUGUGAACAAGACGCGACUUGGUCGUCUCACCUGCCUGACUUUAACAUCCUUCCUGAUCAAAUGAAGGAUUUUGUCCUCUCCAUGCACUGCAGGCAUUAUGCUGUCCUCGUGGACCAACCCAACCUCUGUGUCGGGCAGGACUCUGAGACGCCGUUCCUUCUCAUGGCAAUCAAAUCGCAAGUCGGGAACUUUGAGAACAGACAGGCCAUCCGAGAGACAUGGGGAAGGAGCGGCUGGAUCCGAGGGGACAAUGGAGGAAAAAAUUGGUUAGUGCGUACCGUCUUCUUGCUUGCAAGGCAAGAUGCUGAGAUAGGGCCUCAUCCAGACCUGAGUGCCCUAUUAAAAUUGGAGAGCAUCACCCAUAAGGACAUCCUCCUGUGGGAUUUCAAAGACACUUUCUUCAACCUCACCCUGAAGGAUGUCCUUUUCUGGAACUGGCUUUCGAAGCACUGUUCUCAUGUCCACUUCAUUUUCAAGGGAGAUGAUGACGUCUUUGUCAGGACUAAGGCUCUGCUGGAUUACUUAAACCAUGUUGGAGUAAAAAAGACGCAUGGGAAUAAAACGAAAGAACGGGACGAUUUUGUUGUGGGGGAUGUUAUUGCCAAUGCUUGGCCCAAUCGGCAACCCGAUACUAAAUAUUACAUACCCGAAAGCUUCUAUAAAGGAACGUAUCCGGCCUACGCAGGAGGCGGAGGGGUGGUUUACACCGGUGCUUUGGCUUUACGUCUACAGGAGGUCUCUCGAUGGGUCAGCCUGUUUCCUAUUGACGAUGUUUACUUAGGAAUGUGCCUUCACAGGCUCAGAGUGUCCCCCACUCAUCAUACAGGUUUUCUUACCUUCGACCUUCCAGAGGACCUGCGGGAGAAGCCGUGUGCGUAUCAUAAUGUUCUCCUAGUCCAUAAACGCACCCCGAAAGAAAUGUUAACCCUGUGGAAGGAGCUACAGGUUCCUCCUCAGGAGUGCUAGCGUACACUUGUUCAUGAAUUCAAAUGAAGGUAAAUGAUACUGCGGGGACCUGGACUUCGAAGUUAUUUUUAUUUUUACCACGAGGUAUUUUCAAGCCAGUUGGCCAUGUUCAUUUGCAUAAAAGGCCCCAAUGUCUCUGUGAUGUUGGGCUGUGCUCAGGGCUGUGUGUGCAGUGGUUAUUAUAAAGAAUACAUUAAAGAAAUAAAAUAGCUAAAAAUAGCUUACAACACGUUUGACUUUGUAAGAUGAGGUUCUUGGUAGAAUGGUUUUUGUUUUUUGGUAAUAAGCAUGUGAAAGAAUACCUAUUGACAAUUGUAAAGUAUCAUGUUGUUAUUAUUUUGAAGGAUUUAGAAGUUUGUGGCCCAAAUACAAGGAGUUGUCAUAAUGGAGUGAAUCCAAAAAUCUUCAUCAACAUAAUUCAGCAUUGUAUUAAAAAACUACGCUACUGGUUCGAAAAACUAAAUCGGUUAUUGGAAAAUAUUAUUACGCUUUGCAAUGUAUGUGCAUUUUCUGAUGUGUGUCGUCACAUACGUGUCAUUUUCUCUCAUUAGUGUAAGAAUUCCUGACUUGAAAACAGCUGGAAAAAAACAUUCAAAAGUAUCUGGAGUCCGUUUUGGAGAUCUUGGUGUACAAGUGCUUCUAGGAAGAAUGAUCUGGAUGCCUGAAAACCCCAUAGACAUCGUCAUCUGGUUCAGGCCUUGUGGGCCUAAUUAUAGGCUGGUGUUGUUGAUGGCAUAAUCUGAAUUACAACAACAAAACACAAUAUGGGAAAUAAUGAAUAACCGUAAUGAACAAUAAAUGAUUUAUUUGAUCAUUUAUCAUAGAGUUGAUUUACACGGCUUAUUAUUUAGAUGUUUGUGCAUUCAUGUUUCAUAAGAUUUAAUGGCAAUUGCUG